UAUUCAUUCCUUUUAUGUUGGCCAACCUUGACUCAAUAAUCACGUAAUUUGUCUGUCUUUUGCCGUAGUUCGCGUGUUUAACGAUCGACGAGCUUGUAGCUCAGUUAGUUUUAAAAAAAUGAUAGAUUUACGUAGUGAAAACGCGAGUUCCUCGCCAAUAUCCAACAGCAGGCAAAGGGACAAUACAAGCACUUCGGUUGCCAGUCAGCCAGGCUUAUCGUCCCUGAGUCCGUACUUAAAUUAUGACCCAGUAUACUUUCCACCUAGCCAACCAGAAUUCAUAUUCCCUGAAGGAGCUGUAAAACAGCGAGGUCGAUUUGAAUUAGCCUUUAGUCAAAUUGGAGCAGCUUGCAUAGUUGGAGCUGGAAUUGGUGGUGCUACUGGUUUUUACAGAGGACUAAGAUCAACUACCCUUGCAGGACAGACUGGCAAGCUACGGAGAACACAAAUGAUAAAUCAUGUUAUGAAACAUGGUUCAUCACUAGCAAACACAUUUGGUGUUGUAUCCUUAAUGUACAGUGGAUUUGGUGUACUGUUUUCUUGGGCAAGAGGAGAAGAUGACUCUUUUAACACAUUAGCAGCUGCCACUGCCACAGGAAUGCUUUUCAAAUCCACAGCUGGUCUCAGGAAAUGUGCCGUAGGUGGAGGAAUCGGCUUCGGACUCGCGGCUGCAUACUGCUUAUGGAACAGUAAAGACGUUUUUGAAAUUAGGCAUCAUCGCAUGAAUCCAGCGUAAGACUGGGUGUGUGCCAGUCUUUUCCUUAGCCAGCCCUGUCCAUUACGAAUGUUCUUACUCCAUACCUACAUAUAAUCCUUAUUAUAUUUUUGUUUAGUUCUUUAUUUAAUAUAUCUCUUUUUUUGUACAAAAGUUGAUAUUGAAAGCAUUUUAUAUACAGUGUCACAAAUCAUUAGCAGUAUGUUAAAUGUGCAUAUUGGGGAUACCUAUGUACUGCAAAGUUUUGUUUCUUUAUUUUUUAAUAACCGUUAAUAAACUAUUAUUGACUUUUUGGAAAAAUUAUUUUUAUUGCACAAAGAUUGCUUGCUACGUGAAAGUAGCGCAUUGCAAAUAAGAAGUUCAAGAUUGGAGUAGGAACAAUCGUAAAUUUUUCCCAUUAGGAGCCAAUUUAUUAACAAAUCUAGCAAGCACUUCUGGACGGUUGCUACAUGCAUAAACAAUUUAUGCGUCGGAUGCAGUAGUCAAAAUGAAAGAUCAUUGUCAUAAACUUUGUAGAAAUAACGCAAAGUAUGAGGUAAACCAUAGCUAGCAUCUAAACUACCAAAAAUUUCAAGCAAGGCUUUAUUCAAGCUUUUUUGUUUUGUUUAAAAUUUCAACUUAAAAGUUGAAGUGUUGAUCCAAUUGGUGUACAUCAAGUUUUAUUUUAUGUUACGACAAUUAUGUAAUGUAGAAUACGCGUAGCGAUAUAGAAAAAUGCAAAGAUCUAUAAAAUUCAGUAGUUUCUAGAGAUAUAAAAAUGUCGAUAGAUGCGUAUAAAAAUUGUUGAAAACAAAUUGACUGUAUUGGAUUGUAAAUAGUGACUACACUAAGAAACCCAAGCCUUCUUAAUUUGUAAUUAACCUCGACUUCCAAAUCCGUUUAAAGUGAAUUACCUUUCGUAACAGUUUCUUUUUUUUUUUUUUUUUUAAUAAUUAAGUAAUUUUUGUACGUAAGCAAGCCGGCAUGAAAAUAAAUGUAUAUGUAUAAAAGAAAUUGGCUCCUAUUUAAUACGUCUUCUAUCCCUCUUUUUGAAAGUUGCAAAUUAACUCAUUUACAUUGGCACAUCACUGCAAACAUACGGGAAGCUAAAGUAAAAAAUUUUGGUUUGUUUGGCAAUGACUUGGAGACUUAUUACAACUAAAAUCGUAGUAUAUAACAUUUUGAGAUGCUGUACAGCUAAGCAUAAUUUUUCAAUCUCUGAAUUGCAGAUCUGAUUGAAAAUUCACCAUCUGCGACUCAGAAAUACUAGCGGCGAAGUAUCCUCCGACUUUAUGUAUAUAAACACGAACGAGAAGUUCCACGAACAGUGAAAUUAACUAUUUAAAACAGAGAGACAGGAAAAGAGAAACGUAGCCGAUUGUUGAACGAAAGCAUCGAAACGACGUUGUAAAUAAUUGUUCAGAGACGUUGAAGAGCCGUGUAAAGCUCUUCCCAGCUAUAACACUUUGCGGACCGACGUGCGCAGCAUAAGCCGACUGGUCUCGCUCGCCAAAUUAAAUCGAUUAGUGAAGUGUGACAAAUUAUUUGCGAACUCAAAAAAGUGAUAGCGAACAAGUUGUGUAUUAAAAGCUGAUAAUAAUGCAUAAUAAAAUGACAUUCAUUUCGAAGCUCA